CGCUCUCCGGGAGGGAUCGGGGGCCGCCGCCGCCGCCGCCGCCAUUGGCGGAGGUUAAGGAAGGAGGAGGAGGAGGAGGAGGAACCACAACCACACGGAGGCGGCGACGACAACGACGCCGGACGGAGGCCGGAGCGGCGCCUGCAGCGUGCGAGCCGGCGGGGGAGCGGGGCACCGGAGCCGGCGGGGGCCAUGGCGGCCGCCGCGCCCCUCAGAGUCUGCAUCGUGGGCUCGGGAAACUGGGGCACAGCUGUUGCCAAAAUCAUUGGCAAUAAUGUCAAGAGCCUCCAGAAAUUUGCCUCCACGGUGAAGAUGUGGGUUUUUGAGGAAACAAUUAAUGGAAGAAAACUGACAGAGAUCAUAAAUAAUGAUCACGAAAAUGUAAAAUAUCUUCCUGGACACAAGUUGCCAGAAAAUGUGGUUGCUGUCCCAAAUCUGGGGGAAGCUGUAAAAGAUGCUGACCUGCUAGUCUUUGUUAUCCCUCACCAGUUCAUUCAUAGAAUCUGUGAUGAGAUUACUGGACGGGUACCAAAGAAGGCUGUGGGCAUCACCCUCAUUAAGGGAAUAGAUGAAGGCCCAGAGGGACUGAAACUGAUCUCCGACAUUAUUCGAGAGAAAAUGGGAAUCGAUAUCAGCGUUCUGAUGGGGGCCAACAUUGCCAACGAGGUGGCUGCCGAGAAGUUUUGUGAAACCACAAUUGGAAGUAAAAUACUGGAGAAUGGCCUUCUCUUCAAAGAACUCCUCCAGACUCCAAAUUUCCGAAUUACUGUGGUAGAUGAUGCAGAUACAGUUGAACUGUGUGGUGCUCUUAAGAAUAUUGUGGCAGUGGGAGCAGGAUUCUGUGACGGCCUUCGCUGUGGAGACAACACCAAAGCUGCUGUGAUUCGCCUCGGCCUCAUGGAGAUGAUUGCCUUUGCCAGAAUCUUCUGCAAAGGGCAGGUGUCCACAGCUACUUUUCUGGAGAGCUGCGGAGUGGCAGACUUGAUCACCACGUGUUAUGGGGGCCGCAAUCGGAAGGUGGCUGAGGCGUUCGCCAGAACAGGAAAGACAAUUGAAGAGUUGGAGCAAGAAAUGUUGAACGGUCAGAAACUCCAGGGGCCGCAAACAUCUGCUGAAGUGUUCCGCAUACUCAAUCAAAAGGGGCUGGUGGAGAAGUUUCCAUUAUUCACUGCUGUAUAUCAAAUAUGCUAUGCAGGAAAACCUGUCCAUGAGAUGCUCUCCUGCCUCCAGAGUCACCCAGAACACAUAUAAAGCUAAUUACGCAAUGUUCCAAUGCAAUUUUUGCCUUUCCAAGCAAUCUUUGGGCUCAAAUGAAUAUUAUAGUAAGCUUUACAAGAAGGUGUUUGCUUUAGGUGUUAGAGCAGCAUGAAUGUGUAUGGAUUUUUUUUUUUACAGGUUCUUACCAUUCAAACCAAGUUUGAUGUGUGUGUAUAAUUGAAUUUGUUCGAGUCCAUUCAAUUGCUAGAAUGUAGUGUUUUAAAAACACCACUAUGCAACAAUUGCAUAUAUCUGUGGGGUGUGUGUGUGUGUUGUAUGUCUGUGUGUGUGUUUGUCUAUCUCUGUGGAUAUAAAACAUUAAAAUGCCUUUUUAUUGGUCUUUUAAACUUUUCCCCAAAUUAUCUUUUAUAAUACUGGGGCUAUCUAUAAGAAUGUCUUUUAUGAUCUAAGUCAAAUGAAUUAAUCAGCAUUAAUGAAAAAUUGUAGUAAUAACUCUGGAAAGAAGAACAUUUUCAGAAAUUGUGGAAUCACAGUUACAUCAAGAUUUUUUUGUGUUCCCCCAGCAAUCACUUAUGUGGCUUUGCUCUAUACCUUAAAUGAAAUAUUUUAAUAGGUUUUACCACCUACAUACUUCCCUACCUCUAUGAUUUUCUACAUUAUAAAGAUCCCUUUCCUCUUUGAUAUCUGCCAUGGUGCCCUUAAAGGACGUCAUGAGCAACAACAACCAACAUCAGGCAGGAAAUGUGUCCUAAGCGAAAAAAAACAAGUUUGGAGUUACACGUGCUGUAUCAGUGCUUACAGCUCCGUGCUGCAGUUGUACUGGCUAAUUUUAAGCUUUAAGAGAGCAUUGAAGAACAUCACACGCCCCAGAAAAUGGCUCUUUGAGGAUGCUAAAGGUAUUUCAGUAGCUUCAACUUGUUAUCCGUUGUUCGUAAAAUUCUUCCGGACUACCUGAAUUCAUGCCUCUGUGUUGCCAUACUUCGUGUGGUCCAACUUCUACUGGUCAUUCUGUCUGAAAGCUUCACCAGACAGAAAGCUGCUCAUCUGGACACUGGGGAAGGAAGAGCUGGUAAAUAGUAGAGAGGCUAAAAACUGACUAUUGGAAGCUCCAUUGAUUAAACUGUGACAGGGCGAAAUUAUGGCAGGUGUUACUUUUUGGUCCUCCUUUCUUGCGGUAAAAACCAACCUGUGCGAUUUUAAUCGUGACAUUCUUCUACCAACAAUCAAUCCCUUCGUAGCUUCUGUUUUGUGAAACUUGUGAAACUGUGAAAUCACUACCGGCGUACCUUAGCGGGACACGAUUGCAGAGAGGGAAGACCUGGAUUUCAAACCUUGCCUGUAAUGUCAGGCAGAUUCAGGGAGAAUGGUGGCUUGUUUGGGCACGUGAGAACUGACCAAGUUAUCCCCAGUUCUGUUAACUGAAAGGAUUCUGCACCAAAUCUUUAUGAAGCUUUAAGAGAACACUCAGCAUCAACCCAAACCAAGCAAAUGUCAACCUCGAUCAAGUGCAUAUUGUACAGGGCGAAUAUGUUGAAAUUCUGAAACUAAGAUGAGAAUUAAUGCAGCUACUUGGUUGCGUUGUGGCAUUAGUCAUUUAUUUCUGUCCAGCCACGUUUUAAAGGAACACUGAAUGUCACAGAUUAUGCAGGGCUGUUGUGAUGAGUAUUCACUUUUUUUUUAACGGGUGCUGAAAAAUGAUGGUAGAAAAGAUAUUUCAGAUGAUUUUAACUAUAUACACACUUUAUAUGGCAUUUUAGUAGUAGAAACGAAGUCGUGCCAUAGCACACCAAAUGUUCUUUUGUUGAAAUGAUUUUUGUGCCACUAUUUUGUCUCUCAAAAUACUGGUUUGUCUGGUGUUAGACCUUUUUAAAGUUUUUACGUGGGUAACAAUGCCAUAUUUUAAGGUACAUGAAAUGCUAAAAGCUAACAGUGGGGUUUAAUAAGUAGGACACUUGAAUGGGGGAGAAUUGAUUUGGGGGUUUUCUCUUUUCAUAAUAAGCACUCUGUUUCCUUUUGUUGAAGUUUGAUUUGUGGAUUUUUUCUUGUAUAAAUGCCUUGGUUUCAACUAUGGGACAAAAGCUGUUUACCCAAAUCUUUUGACACGCCUACAACCACGCACAAUAUGGGAAAGUGCAAAUGUGUUAUUUUGUGCUCUAAUGGCUCCAGGUAUUUAUUGUUCUGUCAGUCGUAUGUGAUCACUGGUGUGGCAAUUGCUUUCCUUCAUCUUUCUUACUAAUUAUAGCAACAGUGAGAGAUACUUAAAACUAAAUUUGUAUUUAAUCAGCCGAAAUAAGAACUAUUAACGAAGCUCUCCAUUUUCUAAUAAUUCUUUAAUAUUGGUCGUUCAUUUCUAUAUGCACUGUAUUUGUUUACAAAUUAUUAGUGGGUGUCAGUUUAAAGGCUUGGUAUAAUAAACAUUUUAUCCUGGAA